AGUCUGUACAGCAAACAGUAGGUUUUGUUGGAUGCAUUCAUGAAUAAAAGAGCCAUUUUGUCAAAUUAUGGGCAGUAGGAAAAUCACGGAUAGAGUAUUUUCUGUGUAGUGAUUGUUUGCAGUAGUUUAGUUAAGAAAACCAAAUGGGACAAAAAUACACCUCUGGGAGCAGCAUUUUGAGGAAAAUGACUUACAAACAGUCAAGUCCUAGCAAUGAGAAGGCGAGGGAAUCCCCAGUUUCUGUUCCCCUGUUCACCCACUAAAUAAAUCACGGGUCACACCAAAUGCUAAGUUGCGCAGUACAGAGAUGUUUGCUUUUCUGUAAUUCAGGGUAAAUGUUUAGCAUACGCCUGUAAAAUUAUCAACCUGUUUAAUGAUAUUCCUCUUACAGAAAUAAGUCAUCAGCAGCGUGUUCAUUUUCUCUCCUGUUCUUACAUGCUGUCACUUCAAGUGGGGGAAAUUCACUAAAGAUCUCAAUUACCUUCUUAAGAAGACAAAAAUAAUCACAAGUCUAUUUCUUGCUUGGUUUUGGUUCUCCACAGAAGUCUGGCUGAGAAUACAAACCAUAGGAGUGUCAGAUCUAAGUUAACACUUGGGGCUGCGUAUUUUUAUCACUCAGCCAAAAUUCCAGUCAACCCAAAUGGGAGCUUUGCCUGUAAGAGGGGCAGUAGUAAACAUUCUUCCAAGCAGGAAUAGUAAUGAUGAGCCAGUAAUUGUCUGAGUAAAUUACCCAAGCAGCCUUCUUUCCUCUCUCAACUUCCUACGUUUCUGGUGUCCUCUGGCAUUACAGCAGAGGUGGCCCUGAGCCCUACAUUGAAAUUUUCGAGCAACCCAGGCAAAGGGGCAUGCGUUUCAGAUACAAAUGUGAGGGGAGAUCAGCAGGCAGCAUUCCAGGAGAGCACAGUACUGAUAACAACAAGACCUUCCCUUCCAUACAGAUUCUGAACUACUUUGGAAAAGUCAAAAUAAGAACUACGUUGGUAACGAAGAAUGAACCCUACAAGCCUCACCCUCAUGACCUGGUUGGGAAAGACUGCAGAGAUGGCUACUAUGAAGCAGAGUUUGGACCAGAGCGGCGAGUCCUGUCUUUUCAGAAUCUGGGCAUUCAGUGUGUGAAGAAGAAAGACCUGAAGGAAUCAAUCUCUCUACGGAUCUCCAAGAAGAUCAACCCUUUCAAUGUGCCUGAAGAACAGCUCCACAACAUCGACGAGUACGACCUCAACGUGGUCCGCCUCUGCUUCCAAGCUUUCCUCCCUGAUGAACACGGCAACUACACCUUAGCUCUUCCCCCUUUGAUUUCCAACCCCAUCUAUGACAACAGAGCUCCCAACACGGCAGAGCUGAGGAUUUGUCGGGUGAACAAGAAUUGUGGAAGCGUAAAAGGAGGAGAUGAGAUAUUUCUGCUGUGUGACAAAGUUCAGAAGGAUGAUAUCGAAGUCAGAUUCGUCUUGGACAACUGGGAGGCCAAAGGCUCCUUCUCCCAAGCUGACGUUCACCGUCAGGUAGCGAUCGUGUUCCGAACGCCGCCGUUCCUCAGGGACAUCACCGAGCCCGUCACGGUGAAGAUGCAGCUGAGGAGACCGUCGGACCAGGAAGUCAGUGAACCCAUGGAUUUCAGAUACCUACCAGAUGAGAAGGAUCCGUAUGGCAACAAAGCAAAGAGGCAGAGAUCAACGCUGGCUUUGCAAAAGCUGAUCAAGGACUGUGGAUCAGGUGUGACGGAGAGGCCCAAAGUCGCUCCGUUCCCUGGUGUCCCUCCUGAAGGGAAGACGAUUAAGAAAGAACCAAGCUUGUUUUCCUCCUCACUGGUGAUGUCAGGGUUGGGAGCCUUGGACAACUCCAGUCAGAUCUACCCUGUGUGCAACCAGAUGGCGCAGGUGGGGCCAGGGAAGCAAGACACGCUGUCCUCAUGCUGGCCGCUGUGCAGCAACCUGAACGCAGGCAGCAGCCUGCUGGGGGCCCACACACAGAACAGCUUUGGGGCAGACAUGUCCCAGCCUGGUGCCCAGGGCAGCAGCUCCCUCCCAGCUUUCCACAACAACACUCUGACCUGGCCUGAUGACAAGGAAUCGGGCUUCUACCGGAACUUCAGCAGCACGAAUGGGCUGGGAGCGGUGUCGGUGUCCGGGGCAGACAUGCAGAGUGUGUCCAGUAACAGCAUCGCGCACGCAGCUCAUCCCUCCAGCAUCUCCACCGCCAGCAUCGUCAGCAUGGAGACCGACGACAUGACCUGCACCAAUCUGAACUUUGACAAGUACAACCCCGUGCCGAACACGAGCAGCCCCAGGCAGCAGCUCCACCCGGUGCCUCCAGCCUGCCCAUCGGGAGCAGCCCCGGGCAGCGUGCCCUUCAACCCGCAGCCUAACUUAGCUGACCCAGCGUUUUACAGCCUUAUAGGCCAAGACGUUUUGAGUGAAUCAAGAUUCUCCACCAACCCCAUCCCAAACCCACAGAGCAUUGCAGAUAACCAGUACUAUGACACCGAUGGUGUCCACGCUGAUGAGCUCUAUCAGUCUUUCCAAUUUGAUAGCCUAUUACAGAACUUUAACCAUUGAGCGGGUACAUAGAUGCCUAGCUGUGAGAAGAAGAGUAACUUACCCUUCUGGAGUCCCUGCUUUCUGUUUCAGAAUGUUGCUCUGCAAGUUUCAUGAUAUAUAAAUCACAGCCCAGAGACCGGUGCCCAUAAAAGAAAGAGAGGUGGGAGGAGAGUUUGGGGUCCUGUACCUUAAAAAUACCUUGUAUACCUAUUUUUACGCUGUUGGAAAAGGGAACUGUUAACACUUAAAUCUUCCUGACCUUUGGGAAUUGCAAAAGCUGGUGUCUUCAGAAGGGUUAAGAUUUCAAACGCUUCACAGGGUUAAAAUUGGUUGAAAAAGAACAAUUUUAUUUUUGCUAGGAAAAUUGAAUUUAAAUUUUAUUAGGACAGAAACUAAAGGAAAAAACCCUGCACAUGGGCACUCCAGUUCAGACUCCCCUAACCCUGUUCAAGUUGGACUCAACUCAACUCGACAGGUUUAGGUUUCUUACCCUUGUCCAUGCAAAAUAUUCUUCUACCCAUCAUCACGCAUUGAUAUAUAUCUGUUUUUACAGUCUAACCACAAUCCAUUUGCUUUGAAGGCAAAUUUACUCUUAAAAUCUUUUUAAUGACUAUGUCAUUGUUAGAUGUAUUUUUAACAGACCGGAAGGUUUGAGUUUUUUAAAGAGUCCAGCUCUGUUGUAAAUGAAUCACUGCACAAAAGAACGAACAGCAAGUGAGGACUUCUCUGCACUUCAUCCCAAGUGCAGUUUUAAACGACAAACCCCAUUGCUUUAGGAAUGGAGCACGCUGGUAUUUCUCUGGAAGUUUUUUUUGUGCACAUUGUCAUUUUGAACUGGGGAAAUCUGUUGAGCCGCAGCACCUACCUGUUCUUUCCUCAGGUAUCGUGGCAGUUUCCUGCUAUGCAAGUGACUGCCUAAAAAGAAGGCUCAGAUCCUGCCUCCCCACCACAAGACAGCUUUUGGGGCAGAGCUGGAGGCAGUCCUAGGAACAACUCGCAGCCACUGCAGUCUAUGCUAAGUACAAACACUCCUCUAUGCCAUGCAUCAGAAACUUACUGCCUUCCACAUGAUUCCCAGUCUUCCUUCUUAGCCUGAGUUGUGAGAUGCUCAGUGGCAGCUCACAUGGAUGUAAACGGCUAGGUAAGACACUCUGCAUCAUAGGGCUUUGCUGGUUUAUUAUUAAUACUAUUAUUUUUUAAGCAUCAAUACAGCAAGAAAUACUUCAGUAUUUCUUAAUUUAUCCAGCUGUUUGGUAUGGCAAUUAAAGCUUAAGAAUCUCACUGUUACUGUUUGGCGAUGUAAAACCACACCAUGGAAAGAAGCAAUAAAAAAACACAAUGAUAUCUAAAAAACCCCCAAACCACAAUCCCAAAUCACACAACUGUUGAGGUGAAUAGUUGUACACAAGGCAGAAAGAACGCCAGAAAGUCCCCGUGGUUUAUAGGAAAGCAAUGACUCCUUAACUGCAGGAAUUCAUUGCACUCAAAGCAACAAGGUGCUGCCUCUGGAAUGCAUUACACCAAUUCCAUGGGUUUGAUGGAAUAUGCUCCUUAGACAACAUGUAGGAUAGAUGAAGUUUGGAAAACUGCUUCCCUUAACUCCAGGCACACGACACAAGGAAUUCACUCUCUGUUUUAAAGCCAUUUUUCCUCCCCUCUGCAUAGCUCCUCUGCAGUCCUAAGUAACAGAAAGACCAAAGCAAGCUCAGAAUGUGUUUAUUCAGUUCUUUUUUGUUGCUGUUUGAAGUUCUCAAUUUUAAGUAUAUUAAAUGUAAACAUUUUUCUCACUUCAUAGGAAGCUCUUCAUGUUACAGUUUGGUUUUACUGUAUCAUUAAAGAUUUUCAAAGUCCUGUUUUCCUUUGUAAA